GAUAGAGAAGUUCAUGCCCCUGGUCAUGGAAAGGGAGGACGACGGCAACAUGGCCCCCAUUGUUCAGACUCAGGAGGCUACGUUCUGCUUUGUCAAAGUGAGUAACUUGUAUGUCGUCUCCGCAACGAGAAUAAAUGCAAAUGUGACUCUGGUUUUUGCCUUUCUUCACAAGCUGGUGUCAGUUGCUCAGGAUUAUUUUAAGGAGCUGGAAGAAGAAAGUAUCCGGGACAAUUUUGUUAUCAUAUAUGAAUUGCUGGAUGAAUUGCUUGACUUUGGCUACCCUCAAACCACGGACGUCAAGAUUCUGCAAGAGUACAUCACUCAAGAGGGUCACAAGUUAGAGAUUGCUCCUCGACCACCAAUUGCAGUAACCAAUGCUGUCUCGUGGCGGUCUGAAGGAAUUAAGUAUCGCAAAAACGAAGUAUUUCUGGAUGUUAUUGAAGGUGUCAAUCUCUUGGCGAAUUCUAAUGGUAAUGUGCUACGUAGUGAGAUUGUAGGCAGUAUCAAGAUGCGAGUGUAUCUAUCUGGAAUGCCGGAACUGCGUCUUGGGCUCAAUGACAAGGUUCUGUUUGAGUCCACUGGCAGGGGCAAGAGCAAGAGUGUGGAGCUAGAGGAUGUCAAAUUCCACCAGUGUGUCAGGCUGUCCAGGUUUGAGAAUGACCGUACUAUUUCAUUUAUUCCCCCUGAUGGGGAGUUUGAACUCAUGUCAUACCGGCUGAACACACAUGUAAAGCCAUUGAUCUGGAUAGAAUCAGUGAUUGAAAGGCAUGCACACAGCCGAGUGGAGUACAUGGUCAAGGCCAAGUCCCAGUUUAAGAGGAGGUCAACAGCCAACAAUGUGGAGAUCAUAAUUCCAGUCCCCAAUGAUGCAGACUCCCCUAAAUUCAAGACUUCAGUAGGAUCAGUAAAAUACACCCCAGAAAAGAACUGCAUUGUGUGGACCAUCAAGUCUUUCCCGGGUGGGAAGGAGUACCUAAUGAGAGCACACUUUGGACUUCCAAGUGUUGAGUGUGAGGACUCUGAGGGAAAACCCCCCAUCCAAGUGCGCUUCGAGAUCCCUUACUUCACCACCUCAGGGAUCCAGGUGAGGUACCUGAAAAUUAUUGAGAAGUCCGGCUAUCAAGCUUUACCAUGGGUGCGAUACAUCACCCAGAAUGGAGAUUACCAGUUAAGGACACACUAGAGAAAAGCAUUACACUAGCAAGCCUUUGUUUCUUGAGGUAACAGAGUGUAUGAUGCCUUUGUGUAUUGAAGGGUUACUGCUGAACAAAGAAUAAGCUUGUUGGAAAAGUUAUUGGGAGAAAAGUCUGGGGGCCAUAUAGUGACCAUAAAUAAUGUCCUUUUUUUUUUUGUUUGUUUGUUAUUCAAAAGUGUAAUGAUGAUGAGAAAUUCUAUUAUUGAGAUGUCAGCUGCAUUGGGCUUCUUUCUUACAACUGAUAAAAAUGUUUUUGUUAUUAAAAUGUUUUUCUUAUAUUUAGCAAUUCAUAAGGCAAAUAAUCGUUUAAUUUCUACUUGGUAUUUCUUUUUCAUUUGAGUCUCUUGGCAUCUCUGGUAACCGUAAGAAUGAAAAAAAAGGUAAAAAAAUUAAAUCCAAAACUCCAGUGAUUUGUAUUUGGAAUCAGCUGUGCAUUUAGCUGAUAUUCAUAUAUGACUUUGCUCUGUAAUUUUCCCAAUUGAUGCAAAGGAUAUUUUCAGUGGAAGUAUGUGGAGAGUUAUAAGAUUUGUGUUGAUUACAUUCCAUAUCUUUCAGCCUUUACCAGUGUCAGGAGGACAACUAUUUAGAAACAUUUUAUAUUCUGAAGUGUGCAUAAAAAACAGAUUUUGCAGUCGUGUUUAAUUAGCUUUAAGGAAAUUUUCACAAUUGGCUUCAUUCACAAAGGGCUAGACAGAUUGUUUAUUAAGUUAUAAUUAUUGUAGUUUUUUCCUCAUUGUUUACUAACAAGAGAGUGGAUCUUGCUUCAUAUUUAAUUAUUUUGAAAGCUUUAGAAUUUGUAUGAAACUUUAUAUGAUAGAUACUUCAGCCAGUGAUAAUGUUUGAAGUUAGUUUGUGUAUAGUCUGUGUUUAAGAAUGUAUUUCAUAAUUAUAUAUAGGUUGACUGUAAAGACUUUGAAAUCCACUUGAAAAAUAUGAUCAUAUAAUUAAACAUAACAUUUCCUAAUAUAUAAAAAAAAUAGAUAUAUUCAAAGAUCAUAUGUAUAUAGACAUUUAUUAGAGGUAAAGUAAAUUUUCAUCCAAAUUUAUAGAAAACUAUUUUGAAAAAAACGUGUUUGCGUGGAGCUCCUUUUUAGAUCAUUGUAUAUAUUUUAAAAUAAAUGUUUUUUGAAAGAUGAAAAUUUGUUAUGAUCUUGGUUGCGGUAGUUGCUUCUUGGCUAGUUGUGAUAAAAGGUUAGUGCUUAUGUAUUGUUUUAGUUUUGCUGAUAUUCUGACUUUUAGCAACCCGUUAACUAUCCUGUGUAAGUCUUGGAAUUGUCUUAAACUGGCUGGUAUGUUAUUUAUAUAAACUUCCAAUCACUGAUGUAAUUGUUUUAUUACCGUGACUUCCUUGAUUAAUUUGCUAUUUCGUGAUUAUAUUUACUACUCGUAUCCUGCCAAGAGACAGUAGCUAUCUCUGUUUGCAUUCAGUUGGAUUUUUUUUUUUAUCUAUUUUGCUGUUCUUUAAUAAAUUAUCUCUUACA